GUUUUCUCAUGAGGAGAGAUUAGUGUUGAAACUCACAGCUCCACUCAGGAACCAGGAUGGAGCACACAGUCUCCUACAGCGACCUGAAGAGACUCGUGGAAAAUAGCCAGGAUCUAAUUCUGAUUGACGUACGCACCGGCAGCGAGGUGGCAAGACAACGUAUCCCUCGGGCCAUCCACAUUCCACUUGAUGAGGUCGAAGCGGCCCUGCAGAUGACUCCGGAGGGGUUCAAGGCCAAGUAUGGGAUUCAGAAACCAGCAGCAGACGCACCUGAGCUGGUGUUUCACUGCCAGUCGGGCAAGCGAGGAAUAGUGGCGAUGAACAAGGCUCAUAGACUGGGUUACUUGACCACUCGCAACUUUCCAGGUGGAUGCAAUGAGUGGUUUGCAAGAGAAAGGAAAUAAAAAUAGCUGCCUCCUUCUGUGUAGUGUAAUUUACUUGAACCUUGAAACCUUCACAUGAUGCAAUAGUGUUAAUUUUUUUUGGUUGUCUUGUAAUUUACAUGGCUGAAAUAAAAAAAAAAUGGUGCACAAA